UUUUUAUGAAAAAUAAUGAAAUUUUAUAUAAUAAAAUAAUAAUAUACAUCUUGAAAAUACACUAAUAAAACGUUGUAUAUAUAUAUAUAUAUAUAUAUAUAUAUAUAUGUGUGUAUAUAAAUAUACUUCUUACUUUAGACACUUAAGUAGUUCCGUAAAGUUUCAUUUUCAUGUAUAUCGACUAACCUAUUGUAGCAUACUUUUCGUGCACGACUUUUCUAGGAGCUAUCCGAUCUCUAUAAUUAAUUUAUUUAAGACAUAAUUCAAUACACAAAUAACAAUUAUUAUGAUAAAUAAGUGUGUUUUUAAGUCAGCAAGUAUAUAACCUAUAAAACUAUAUGUAUUGAUAAAACUAUAAGUAAUUAUUUCUUAUAAAAAUGGCCAAGCAUCAUCCAGAUUUGAUUUUUUGUCGUAAACAACCGGGUGUUGCAAUUGGUCGUCUCUGUGAAAAAUGUGAUGGCAAAUGUGUUAUUUGUGAUUCCUAUGUUAGACCUUGUACUCUUGUUAGAAUAUGCGAUGAAUGUAAUUAUGGAUCAUACCAAGGACGUUGCGUGAUAUGUGGAGGACCUGGCGUAUCAGAUGCAUACUAUUGUAAAGAAUGUACAAUUCAAGAAAAAGAUAGAGAUGGUUGUCCUAAAAUAGUAAACUUAGGUAGUUCCAAAACAGAUCUCUUCUACGAGAGAAAAAAAUAUGGAUUUAAAAGAAGAUAAUUUUUUUUUAUUAGUUGUCAGCAAUCAUAAAGAAAUAAAUUCUUUUUAACAUAUUGUAAUAUAACGAUUUUUCCAUUAAUUUUUAUUAAAUCAUAGGGUAUGAUAUUUUGAUAACUCAUAAAUGAUUUCACAUUAAAUAAUAAGAUAAAAUUUUAAAGUAAAGAUAAAGUGUAUUAUGUACUAUUUAAUAUAUAUACAAGAUAAUUUCUAUAAAUAAACAUGCCUUUUCAUUAUAUUCCAACUUAUUAAUUAUUCCCUGAUUACUCAUAACAUCUCCUUAUUUCAUUCUAGUUACAAUAUUGAAUAUCAAUCUUAGAAAUAAAUAUAUGUGAUGUGAUGUAAAUCUUAAUCAUCAUGGGUAAAUAGAUUGUUCUGCUAUACUUCAUUCAAAACAAGCAUAUACAAUAUUUCUCUAUUUUAUAACAACUUUUUACAAUAGAUUGUAAAAAUAGAUCCAAUCUUUUGGCUUUUUUUUCAGUUCACUUUAAUAUUUUUCUACAUUGCAGCGUGCACCAAAAUUAUAGUCAUUGAACAUAUAUAAAAAAACAUAUGUAGUCAUUUUGCAGAUAGAACGGUAUUUUACAAAAUACAUUUUCAUUGUUUAUAAAAUAAUAUAUUCUUAUUAAAUAUAUAUAUAGGAGAAGAAAAUUAAAAAGUAAUUUUUACUGUACAUAAGAAACAGCAGCAAUGUAGUUAUUAUCUGUUAUGUGUUCUAACUUACUGUUCUUAUAAAGAAUAUAUAUUAUUUUAUAUAAAAGUAUUUUAUAUAUCUACUUUAUAUUAUGUGAGAAGUACAAGUUUCUUUGUUAUCUAUAAGUUUAACUUCAAUAUUUGCUGUUCUCUAUCAAUUGGUAUUUAAUUUAUAAAUACAUUAAAAUAUAAAAAGAAAGCAUAAAAGAUAUUUCUUGCUGACUAUAUAAUGACUAUAUAAUAACUUGUACUUCUUUGCAAAUGUUCAUUUGUCAAUUAUUUAAACUAUACGUGAUUUAUAGAUAUAUUUCCUGUACUGUUGGUAUAUAAUCUAAUACUCUAUUAAGAAAUAAAAUCUAUUUUACUAAGAAAUAUACUAUAACCUUAUUUUUAAAAAUGCAUUAGUUUUAAUUGCUGAUAUUAAAAUGGAUGGACUUUGUUAGACUUAUUUGCAAAAUUAUUUACUAAAAUUUACUAAUGUAAAUUAGUGAUUAUCAUAGGAAUGUUUAUUUUAUUUAGUUAUUAUAAGGUUGUGUAUAUUUCUACAUUGAACUGAGUUAUUGAACUGAACAUAAAAUUACUUCAAUUCUAUAU